GCUUUUUUGCACGGCACUUGCGAGCUCCACUUUCCUCGCGGGGCCCGGAGGGAGGAAGAAGAGGAGACGGCUCGCCAGGUCUCUCGUCGAGGGAGCAAGAGAGUUGCCUGGGCUUCCCCUCGUCGCAAGGCGCUGCUCCUCCCGAAGCAGCCCGAGGCGGAGCUGGUGGGCGGCAGCGGCAAGCGCGGCCGGGAUCGGGGGCCGAGGCUGGCGCUGAUUGGCCGGCGCGAAGGACCUGCUGCCCAGAGCCGAGGAGCGACCGGGAUCUUUUCGAAACGGCUCGCUCGUCCUCCCCCAAGCAGGGGCUGCUGUGUGCGUGCGGAGCUCGAGUCUUGGCCGGAGGCAGGAUGAGCCAGAGAGAUGUGGCAGAAGCUUUGGUGAACAGGUGAGUCCCCGAUCCUGCGAACAUUCAAUUCCCCCCACCCUGUCCCGUCCUUUUUAAUAUGGGGUGGCUUGUGCGAGGAAACGGCCAGUCGUGCCUUUUUGAGGCAAUGGAUCCUCCUGGGGUGGGGUGCCCCUCCAACAUAUACUUCCCUUAAGGGCGUUUACCCAAAUAGCUGCUUUGAGUCUCACCCCAAUAAGUUCGUUUGCUUAGGUCCCCAAAUCUUUGGGUGACAACCUGGGGUGCUUUAAAGAGGUGUAGCUGCCUUAGCUUGUGGCAGCAAAAACUGCAAAGACUUCUGCGACACAUGCAAAUACAGUGGUACCUCAGGUUACAGAUGCUUCAGGUUACAGACUCCGCUAACCCAGAAAUAGUACCUCAGGUUAAGAACUUUGCUUCAGGAUAAGAACAGAAAUCACGCAGUGGCAGCGUGGCAGGCCCCAUUAGCUAAAGUGGUGCUUCAGGUUAAGAACAGUUUGAGGUUAAGAAUGGACCUCCAGAACGAAUUAAGUUCUUAACCCGAGGUACCACUGUACAUAGCAGCCACCUCCUAGGGGCCAGGGGCUUCGACCCCCCCAUAAAAUAUUUGAGGGGCUGCCCCCCCCCCGAGUUAAUGGGCAUUGCCAUUCAAAUUGUGUGCAUGCAGUGCGUCAUGUGAUUAUGUGUGAUGGGCUUACCUAGCCCCUCCCCAACAUUUUAUUCAAGUGAAUGCAUCUAUUAUAGCAUCAGCUUCCAUGGACUAGAGGUCUCAGAUGCAGAUGUUGCCCUAAGUUGGCAAGCAUAGGUGGAGAAGAGUCCUUGGCUCUCAUUUGCCCCCUGCUGUUAGAUCCCUUCCACCCGCAGUAGGAUAAAGGAUCUUGCAGCAUCAUUUGUAAGUGCAAAUGCUGACUUGUUUCCAUCUUCUUGUUUCCAUCUUCAACCCACCUUCUGCACACAUGCUGAGGGUAAGGAAUGGGAAGGCCACUCCCCUGCCCACAAUUCUGGAGUACAGAUUUGUGUGGGUAAAAAGUGGUUUAAAAAACCAUGGCCGUGGAUACAAGUCCAGAACCCAAGAUUCUGAAAGUUUCUAAAAGUGGCUUUCUAAGGCUACUGGUUUGAGUGUGGCCAAUCUACAGCAUAAAGGUGACAGCCAACUAAGUCACACUCAGGAGUAGAUCCACUGAAAUCAAGGGCUCUACUGAUUCAGAGUAUGAAGAACAUUGGGUAUCGCCUUAAGAUCUCACACCUCCACUUUCCAUUCUUGAUAGUCUCAUUGAGCUGUGAUUCUGGGGCUACCCCCAACUAUUUGUCUACCCCAGUCCUAUCAAUGGUAAAUUGCACUGACUUGAUUUCUGCAUAUUGGUCGCAAUCCUACAAUCAAUCAAUCAUAAAUCACUUGUCCCAUUGCCUUUGGUGGGUCUUGAGGCUGAAACCUAUACACAUUUACCUGGAAGUAAACCUUACUGAAACGGACACUGGUGGCGCUGUGGGUUAAACCACAGAGCCUAGGACUUGCCGAUCAGAAGGUCGGCGGUUCGAAUCCCAGCGACAGGGUGAGCUCCCAUUGCUCAGUCCCUGCUCCUGCCAACCUAGCAGUUCGAAAGCACAUCAAAGUGCAAGUAGAGAAAUAGGUACCGCUCCGGCAGGAAGGUAAACGGUGUUUCCGUGUUCUGCUUUGGUUUGCCAGAAGCGGCUUAGUCAUGCUGGCCACAUGACCCGGAAGCUGUCUGCGGACAAACGCCGGCUCCCUCGGCCAAUAAAGCGAGAUGAGCGCCGCAACCCCAGAGUCGGUCACGACUGGACCUAAUGGUCAGGGGUCCCUUUACCACUUACAACAAAACAAAUAGUGAACUGGGUAACUGCUAUGUGUUUAGCAUCAGGAUAUACAACUGCAACCUUAAGGUUAGCUUGUAAUCUUAAGUUUCCACACAAGUUCCAGUGAAAUCAGUGGACUUUGUUUCAAGUAAGGAUGUGAUGCUCUGCACUUACUUGGGAGUAUAGUAUAUCCUAUUGAAACUAGUGAGACCAAAAGCUAAGUAUCAUUUUGAAAAGCUGCAAUCCCUUUUUUUAUUUGGGCAAGCAAUUAAUGGUCAGGAGAAGAGGGUUGUUGUAAUGUACCAGUACGAAAGCAAUUCAUGGCUCUGCUUGAAUUCAGUCUAACUUAUUGUGCAGAACACCUUACUUUUGAAGUGAUGUGAUGGAUGCUGUUUAAGUAUUGCAAGUUUUCUUACUUCACUGCUAGGUUCCUGCCUGAAACAGUGCAUAGAUAUGCACAAAUAUGAUGAAUUCCCACAUAACAUUUCAAAGUGCAAAUUUUCAUGGAGUGUUCAUGCCUUUUUUCUGGCAGGACUCUGGGAAGCUUUCCAAAAGCACAAACCAAAGAUGAAGUUUAGAGCAGGGUGGAUGGAAAUUGAUGGUCUUUAUUUUUAAAAUAUGUUUUUAAAAUUUGUAAUUUUAAGGAAACUGGUUCUUUUAUUUGUUUACUCUUUGUUUACUCUUUAGCGAUAUUACAUAUCGUAUUUUAAAAAAACACAACUUGGUUUAAACUAAAGCCUGUACUUAAUGCAAGCAUGCAUUCAACAAUCCCCUCACAUACACUGAAUUAAAGCCUGCUUUUCCAACAUGGAGGGAAAAACCAUGGAAAUCAUGAAUGUGUUAUUAUACUUGAUUAUGAACGUUCCUGAUUCUGCAAUAAACUUCCCAACUUAUGCAAAAACAAGUUCCCCCAGAAAUUACCACACUUGCUUUUGAAAAGUACUAGAUGCUUACAGCUAAAGCUUACUCAAAAUUCACUCCAAAAAUAGCAUUUUUGCUAUAUACACUUAGAAAAGUGUACACACUCUAUACUGGAGUAUAGCCCUUGUUUUCAAUAUUUGGUUCACAGUGCAACCCUGUACUUGCUUAUUUGGACUUAAAUCUUCUUGUUUCCUGGGGUUUACUCCUUAGCAAGUGCGUUUAAGGGCACGAUCAACAUUAGAGUUAAGAGCCUUGAUAGCAAAAAGGCUUUAUGAGUUACAAACCAAUACACUUGUUACCGCAGCCAAUUAACAUACACUUCCGUUGAGAAAACACAGAGACGGUUUAAGUCAGUGUAUUUACUCUUCAGACACACACGCACAUGCUGCCUAAAAUUAACCUGCCCGGGCUCCAAGUAUUAUUACCGAGUAUGUAGGGCAGGCUGCGAACGCUGGAUGCCGAGUGUCUAUAGCAGGCUUGCAAGUUUGAGGGCCCUCCAUUUGGUGGGUGGGGAUCCCUUUCCACACAAAGGAAACUGCACGUGCAGGAAGUUUUGGUACAUAACAGUUUUUCCCUCUUUUUCAAUGGCGCCGCAUUUAAAACUGCACCUGCGGCCUGACGCGCGGAUGGCGGGGGCGCUUCCCAGCCGCAGGCUCCGCUGCCCGUCUCUGUCUCUGCUUGUAACCCUCCGCCCUUUUCUCCGCAGCGUGCGCCCCCGCGCCUUGGAAGAGGUGCUCCCGGCCGGCGUGCCCCCGGUGCAGGGCUUGCUGCUGCUGCUGCUCUCGCUGCUGGCCGCCUUCCACGCGGCCAGGCUCCUGCUGCAAGAGCGGCGGCGGCGGCGGAGGCUGGAGCCGCCGGGCCCCUUCCCGUGGCCGCUGCUGGGCAACGCGGCUCAGCUGGGCAGCGCCCCUCACCUGGCCUUCGGGCGCCUGGCGGCCACCUACGGCCACGUCUUCCAGCUGCGCCUGGGCGGCUGGCCCGUGGUGGUGCUGAGCGGCGAGCGCGCCAUCCGCGAGGCGCUCAUCCGCCAGGGGGCCGCCUUCGCGGGCCGCCCGCCUUUCCCCUCCUUCCAGCUGGUGUCGGGCGGGCGCAGCUUGGCCUUCGGCGGCUACUCGGAGCUGUGGAAGCUGCAGCGGCGCCUGGCGCACUCGACGGUGCGCGCUUUCUCGGCGCGCCGCCUGCUGGAGCGGCCCCUGGUGGCCGAGGCGCGCGCCGUGGUGCGGCUGCUGGUGCGCGCCUGCGCCGGCGGCGCCUUCGUCGACCCGUCGAGGAGCCUGGUGGUGGCCGUGGCCAACGUCAUGAGCGCGCUGUGCUUCGGGCGCCGCUACAGCCACGCCGACGCCGAGUUCCGGCGCCUGGUGGGCCGCAACGAGCAGUUCGGGCGCACGGUGGGCGCCGGCAGCUUGGUGGACGUGCUGCCCUGGCUGCAGCGCUUCCCCAACCCGGUGCGCUCCGCUUUCCGCGCCUUCCGCUCCCUCAACCACGAGUUCUACAGCUUCGUGCGCCAAAAGUUCGUGCAGCACCAGAGCAGCCUCCGCCCGGGCGCCGCCCUCCGCGACCUCAUGGACGCCUUCCUCCGCCUCCAGCAGGCGCAGCCCGCGCUGCCCUUGGAGCACGUGCCCGCCACCGUCACCGACAUCUUCGGCGCCAGCCAGGACACGCUCUCGACCGCCCUGCAGUGGCUCUUGAUCUUCCUCAUCAGGUGAGCUGCUGGGCCGCGGGGUGGGGUGGGGGGCUCGGAGGAGACCGAGGCAAAAGCGCCACUUGACCCUCGGAGAAGCUCAGGUGGCGGAACUGGGGAAGGUCCGGACCCGAAGAGGAGCUGAUCUCCGCCGAGAGUUGGUGAGAAAGCAUUGUUUUCAACCCGAGGGCCACAUUCCCCACUGGGCAAUCUUCCGAGGGCCGCAUGAGCGGGUAGGGAGGGAUGAGGCUAAAAUGGGGGCAGAGCAAGGAAUGGGAAUUCUAACUUCAUACAUUGUUAGGCCAGUUUCUACAUACACUUGCGCGCGCACACACACGCCCAAUCCAGGUGAGCAAAAGGCUUUAUGGAUUGGAGUGCCAGAACCCGUUCCAGGCACGCACAAACUCAAGGAGAGUGCAAAGCUGAAGGACAAAGAAGCCUGAAGGCCUAUAUUUGCUGCUUGAGCUGAGGUUCUCCAACCAUGUAGAGAAAGCUGAAUGUAUCUUCCCAUAAAGUUGAAGGUGAUAGCUGAGGUGCACAUGGCAUCGAUUUUGCCCAUUCUUUUGUUGUUGUUGUUUAGUCGUUUAGUCGUGUCCGACUCUUCGUGACUCCAUGGACCAGAGCACGCCAGGCACUUCUGUCUUCCACUGUCUCACGCAGUUUGGUCAGACUCAUGUUUGUAGCUUCGAGAACACUGUCCAACCAUCUCGUCCUCUGUCAUCCCCUUCUCCUUGUGCCCUCCAUCUUUCCCAACAUCAGGGUCUUUUCCAGGGAGUCUUCUCUUCUCAUGAGGUGGCCAAAGUAUUGGAGCCUCAGCUUCAGGAUCUGUCCUUCCAGUGAGCACUCAGGGCUAAUUUCCUUAAGAAUGGAUGCGUUUGAAAAAUCCAUUCUUUGAAAAAUCCAAUUUCUCAUUGAAUUUGGCCUUGUGUGAUUAUCUGGGUCUUUUGGUUCUCCCAUUCUAUCCUUGGAAAAUGAACGGCCACCAGAUCCUGUUAGGAGUCACAUUAGCCUAACAGAAUAUGGUACAGAACUCUUAUUUUCCAGGGUUGUGCUUGAAUUUCAGUUUGGUAUCCUCCAUUAAGAUACAGUUGUUCUCCUUUAGAAUGAUGAAGCACCACCUUGCUGUAUAGAAUUUCAGUAAACUGAAAGUCGCUGCAAAAUAUAUCUUCCCCCCCUUUAAUUGGAUGUUUCCUUUCAUAAUGUGACAUACAAGAACAGGUCAUAUGGCAAAAAAUAGUGGUUCAUCAGCCCCUUUUCCAAACCAUUGCUCAGCCCUCUUACGUCAACCCAAUGCUCAUGUCAAGGGCUCCUAGUUUAACCUAGCUGCUCAAAACAAUUUGUGUGUUUGCAGGAUAACAAAACAAAACCAAUUUGGAUCCUACCCUGAGGCCAAAAUGUGUAAUGCACUAAAUAGAUUUCCAUGUACAGAUUAGCCCAGUAUUGGGUAUUAGCUAUUGAUAUGAAGCCAUUGAGUCAAUUAUUAUCUCUUUUGGACACUAGUAUAUUCAUUGGGAGAAAAGAAAGAUGUUGAUAGUUGAACGUUUUUAGAUAGAAUGCAAGUCCUCAAAGUUUCGGAAUAUAUAUUAUUUUUGGAUUCAUUGUUUAACAAUCCAAGAAGUAAAAGCUGAAAUAUGAGAUUAAACAUCUCAAGGCUCUGGUGGGUUAACUGCGAAAAUUUGCAAACAGUUUGCAAGCAUAUUAACACAAAAACCAGUUCAGUAAUUAACACUCACACAAUCCUUUCCCCUACCUGGAACGAGGCAUAGAUUGUUCUAUUAAGAGCAAGUAAAGAAACAACAUAGAUUUUUACUUCAGUUUUGGCAGACAGGCUUUUGUACUGUUGUGAGAAGUUAUAUAAAAACAGACCAAACAGGAAUUUGUAAGGGGAAGAAAUUAGUCUCUUCACAUUCAUAGAGCCGAUAUGGGUGCUAUCCAGUUGCCUGUCCUGCUUGUGUUAAUGGAACUUCCCUUCCUCACCUUGACCUGAAAACUGCUUGGGAGGUUGGGGACCCACUGGAGCAGACUGAGGGCAUGAGAGGCUGCUGAGGGUACAUUGCAGGGGGGACCUGGAGGCACAAGAGGUGGUCACACUUCCAUCCCACCUGCCACCUCCCCACAUUUUACCAGUGGACAUGAAUUGGUUUGGGACAUACAUUUGCCCAGGUAACAUUUUCUUUCAGAAGAGUUGAGUGAAAAUUUCCCAAAUGUGUUGUUGUUUUUCAAACCAGGUACCCAGAGGUACAGGCUAAGCUGCAAGAAGAGAUUGAUAAAGUUGUCGGCAGGGACCGCUUGCCUUCUGCUGAGGACCAGCCCCACUUGCCUUACGUCAUGGCCUUCCUUUACGAAUCCAUGCGUUUCAGCAGCUUUGUGCCAGUUACCAUUCCCCACUCCACUGUGGCUGACACCACCUUAAUGGGCUACCGCAUCCCCAAAGACACCGUGGUCUUUGUCAACCAGUGGUCAGUAAAUCACGACCCGGUGAAAUGGCCUUCCCCAGAGGAGUUUAACCCAUUGAGAUUCCUGGAUGAGAAUGGAUUCCUUAACAAAGAUCUCACCAGCAGUGUGAUGAUUUUUUCAUUGGGCAAACGUCGGUGCAUUGGGGAAGAGUUAUCUAAAGUGCAGCUCUUCCUCUUUAUUGCCAUAUUCCUACACCAGUGCAAUUUCAGUGCUAAUCCAAAGGAAGACACGAAAAUGGAUUUCACCUAUGGCUUGACUAUUAAACCCAAGCCGUUUGAACUCAACGUCACACUUCGAGAUAACAUGGAUUUGCUGGAUAGCACCGUACAGAGACUUCAGGCAGAAAAGGAUUCUGAAAAUUGCCUCCCAGAUAUGUAAACGUUGAAGUUUGAACACUGUUUGUAGUCCUCUUAUAAGGAUCAUUUGCCUUUGCCUUUUUAUAUUUAAAUGAAACGCAUUUAAAUAUAAUGUAUUCUGGAGAGGUAGUAGCAUGAAAAUGAAGUAAAACAAUGCAUUAUUUUUCAAAUACGGAUUUGGUUUUAACCAUUGGUAUUUCAUUACCUCUGCAUUUCUUGCCAGGCAGAAGCAAAAAGGGCAUUCUCCAAAGUUGUUUUAAAAAAUCUGAAGUUCUUUUCACAGUAGUGUUUAGUUUGGGAUUGCCAUGCUUCGUUUACUCAUUUUUUUUUAUGGAGCAUCCACAUGAUGGUGCCAUCCAAUCAUUGUCAUCCCAUCCUAUAUUUUCCUGCAGUUCUUCAGUCUUUUCUCAGACCGCAGGAAGUCUGACUUUGCAGAAGACGACCUCUAGACCAGUGGAGAUAGUGCUGCUCUUCCGUCACUUUAGAAAGAGCAGGAUUUUGACACGACCAGUUUGACGUAUGAUGCAGUUGAAUCAACACAGCACAAUUCACUACUGUUGCAGGCACCAUUUUAUCAUACUGCUUACACAGUCUUUUUAAUUAGCACAUUUUAAAUGCUUUACAAGGGUUUAUGUCUAUUGUUAUUGUUUUUAUUACAUUGGUGAAAUACCACUUCAGUGAAAGUGUGCAAGCACUAUGAUGCCAAAAUUUAAAAUAUGAUGGGGUGAAGUCCCUUUCUAUCCCCAGCUAUCUGGGCAACAAUUUUUUUUAUCCUUUUUAAAUAAAAAAUAAAAAAUGGUGCUUUACCAUCUGAUACAGCUACUCCCUAUACUGCCCAAGGUACAAGUUGGGAUUGUAGCUGUGAAUGACAAUUGUAUUUCAGUGCCUUGGUUAUAAAAUAUCUCUCCAUUGACAUUCCAGAUGUUUUUGUCUGAAGAGAUUUUAAAUAUAAGCACAAUUUCAUUCUCAAAUAUUAUUGACAUUUUCUAAAGUAAUCAGGCACUCAUUAUGCAUUGCAUCUGUUAUAACAAAUCUUGAUUGAGGCAGUGAUGUUAAAAGAUGUUGAAUAAAUCGUCUGCUUACCUCAGACAAUCACGCAUAGGGAUGUAAGGCAAUGUUUUAAAGUAAUAUUUGGAAAAUAAUUGCAUUUGACAACCUAGGUUUUAUUGGUUGAGUGCUCUCAUUGAUAUACAUUCAUAAAUAGGGAUGCUAUUAAUUUGGAUAAAUGCAUAUAUAUAAAUAAUAUGGAAAGUGCUAAUUAAGGUUGGUUCUGCAUUUUAAAACAAUUUGAAUAAAAAACUGGAAGCACUCAUGAAUGCUGUUGAAGCCAAAAGGCUUCUUAAUUAGUGUGUUUCCUUCCAGGAUUGGACUUUGUUAAAUCAGUUCUGGGCUUCUCACUCUAAUUGAAUGAAGUUCUGCUAUGAGGGGUGGGGGACAUGAGGUUUCACAGUUGCUCUUGGGUUCCCAACUUCCACCAUCCAUGAUGGGCUGGGUCUGAUGGGGAGUCCCAAACAUCUGGGAGACCACAGGUUCCCCACCCAAGCUCUGCACCAAUGAGUGACAAAAGGACUGAGGACCUCAUCCAUCUUCCAUUUAAAAUAAAUAGAAUUGCAGUUGCCUUCAAUAUAAAUAGAGUUAAUUCCUAAUCUAGGGUUGUGGCAAUUUGCCCCCCAUCCCCGCCUCUUAUAUCCCCACUUAGGCUUUGAACUUGAAUUGCUUUGAAUAGGAAAACCUGUUUGGUCAUUACCCUUCAAAAUUGGGAGUUAAAGGUGUUGCAAACCAGACCCGAGUGCACUGGUCUCAAUUUGUGUAGGCUCCUUUUUGAAAUGUGAUGCUCAGCGUACCGAUGACAUUCAAAUGAGGGUGUGGGUCAUCAUGAUCCCAAUCCCCCACUAUUAAAACCAUAUCUGCAUAGGGAUGUGAUGGCUCAUGAAAUAAUAUUAUGUUUUCCCCUCCAUAGCUAAGGUCCUGUAAGCUUAUGUCAAUCAUGUUAAUUACUUGGGUGUCUCACCAUCCAGCUGUCAGGAGCUAGACCAGGGACUAAAUGGGUGGCUUUAAUCUGAAAACAGAAGGAAAAUCUGUAGUUGUGUUGCUUUUCUGGCAGUGCUUCCGAAACUUCUGAUCCAAGCCCUGCUGAAACAUUCACCUUUACCUCUGAAGCAAUAGAUUUGCAAGUGAAAAUGUGUUUUACUUGAUUUGCAAUGCGUUACUGAACUCUGUAGCCGAAUGAUAACAAUAGUGCCUACCAAUAUUUUGUCAUUAAACUCAACAAGAUCUGUCUACAAGAUCUUGUACAUUAUCUAGUGGUCUUCCAUCUCGUCACCGUUUUAGAGAACAUAAAGCAGAAAUUUAAAAACAGAGUUAAGAUCGAUAGAAGGGUAGUAUGCUUAGAUACUUUGUAGAUUAUAAAAAUAUAAUUUGGUAUUGCAGAACUUAGCCUGCAUCUGUGAAAAGCUCUGUACUACAUGAAACAUUUUCGUGCUCAGGUCUACAUUAGAUCUGUCAUUUAGGAUAGUACUAUUUCCCUCCAAUGCUAUGUCUGUAAAUAUGAUUCUCUCUGUAUAUUAUAGGCAGUGUAAAUGCUCCUAACAUAAUAGUUCCCAAUAACUCAAGAAUCAUUGAGUUUAUUUUAAUACAUGCUGAUUGUAAUUUUGUAUUUUAUUUUAUUUUUCAUAAAAGCUUUAAAAUAUAUCAGGCUGGUAGUAAUUACAUUUUGAUUACGUAAUGAUUUUUAAAUUCCAGUUUACCAGAUUGACUGUAUUUUUACAUUCAGUUUGUUUGACAGCAAGUAUCAGACCUGGGUUGUUCUUGUUGUUUUAGGAUAGAUUACUAUUUUAAUGAAAGAGUAAAGAAAACUUUCUUUUCACACAACCACACAACCAAUC